AACGUCGAGUACUCGAGCAUCUUCCAAAUAAAAGGCCCCUAAUCGAGUAAGGCAGGCAUCAGUUGCAUUCGAGCAAUCACUACAAGCAGUAACCAGCAAAUCCAAGAUGCGUCUAGCACUUCUGGCCAUUAUCGGCGUGCUCUGCCUCGCCUACGUCUACGCCCUGGACGAUGCCAAUCCGGAGAACGACAAGGUGAUCAGCCUUCUGGACGUCGCCGAUCAGGGAGCCAACCAUGCCAACGAUGGAGCCCGUGAAGCCCGCCAGUGGGGAUGGGGUGGCCAUGGUGGACAUGGUGGAUGGGGAGGCCGUGGUGGAUGGGGACACGGUGGAGGAUGGGGAGGCCGUGGUGGAUGGGGAGGCCGUGGUGGAUGGGGAGGCCGUGGUGGAUGGGGAGGCCGUGGUGGAUGGGGUGGCGGUUGGGGCCGAUAAAUGGCCUAACCACGCCCUCUGCCAAACGUCCACAUGCUCCACGCCCCUGGACACCCACUGGACACCAACCCGAGGAUUCAGAGGCGUUAAUAAAGAACAUUGAAGCAUUAAA